AUGGGGAGAGUGUUUGCUCUUAGUGGUGCUGAUGCCGCACAGUCCGAUGAUCUCAUCCUAGGUAUGUGUUUCAUAAGUCAAGUUCCCUUGAUUGUGUUGUAUGAUUCAGGUGUGACACAUUUGUUUAUUUCUCAUGUAUGUGUUGAAAAACUUGUUUUGCCUAUGUCUUCUUUGAAAUUUGACUUGAUUGUGGAUACACCUGCUAGUGGGUCUAUCUUAACUUCUGAUGUAUGCUUGAAAUGUCCUAUCUUGGUUUCUGAUAGGCAUUUUCAGAUUGAUUUGAUUGUUUUACCUUUGAACCAGAUUGAUGUUAUUCUUGGUAUGGACUGGUUAUCUUCCAACCACAUCUUAUUGAACUAUUUUGAGAAAUCUGUUGCCUUUCCUGAGUCUAGUGUGAGUGAAGGUGAUAUGUUUUUGUCUGCUAACCAGGUUGAGACAUCUUUGUGA